AUGGCAUCUUUUCAAGUGCAGCCUCCGGAAAAAUUUACUUUCAAGCCAGAAGAUUGGUUGAAAUGGAGUCGGAGAUUUGAGCGAUUUAGGAUGGCGUCUGGUCUCGAGAAAGAAAGCGAAGAAAGCCAAGUUAAUACCUUGAUUUAUUCAAUGGGUAGCGAAGCGGACGACAUUGUGCAAUCUCUCAGUAUCGCUGAAGGCGACCAAAAGAAAUACGAUGUUGUUAAAAAGAAAUUGGAAGAUUUUUUCAUCAUCAAGAGAAAUGUAAUCUUUGAGCGAGCUAAGUUUAACUUGCGAAGUCAGCAGGAAGGAGAAACCGUCGACGUGUUUAUUACGGACUUGUUCAACCUUGCAGAACAUUGUAAUUUCGGUGUUUUACGCGAAGAAUUGAUCCGUGACCGUAUUGUUGUUGGAAUUCGGGACAAAGCGUUGUCGGAAAAGUUACAGCUCAAAGCAGACCUAACCCUAGAAAAAGCCGUGAACUUUGCCCGACAGAAAGAAAAUGUUAGAAAGCAGCAAGGGUUUCUUCGAGGCGACGGCAAACAGCAAAUCGACUAUGUGGGCGUGGGGAAAUUUGCAAAAAUAAGAAAGAAUGAGAAAUCAAACAUCAAAGAUCAAGACAGAGGACAAAUACACAAAGGCAACGGAAAAUGCAGUAGGUGCUUAGGACCUAUGCAUCCUAAGAAAAGCUGUCCAGCAAACGACUCAAAGUGUCAUAAGUGUGGCAAGAUUGGUCACUGGAAAAGAGCGUGUAAAAGCACAGCGAUCAGUGAAGUCAGCCGAGACACAGGUGAGAUCUUUCCAAACAGGUGCGGAUCUAGGAUUUUUCAAACAUAAGUCGAACGCCGAAGGCGUGAGACUUGCUGGGGGGUCUGGGGGCAUGCCCCCCCCCCCGGAAAAUUUUGAAAUCUAGAGUCUCUGAAAUGCGAUUUCAAGCGUUUUGGUGGUGAGAUUUUGCAGAAUUCCAAAGAUUAUAAAGUACAUCAAGCACAUGCUUUUUUUAUGAUCUCACAAACGUGCCUUCUCCCAGUCCUCGGAAUUAGAUUCACUAACGGAGGGUCAUAUUACAAAACACAUCAUGUAGUUUCAACUUUCAAUAGCCUUUGAUUUUGGCUCAUGAAAUCCUUCGCAAAUUGAAGUGAUAUGAUACCAAUGACCGAUCCAAUAUAACUCGCUGUUUGUGAAUCAAAAUUAUCAAGCAAAAUAAAGAGUAAUAUUUCAAUUAUACUUUGUAAAAUGCAUUUUUUAUUCAAUGAAUUACAAUAUGCUAUAAAUAUCACUUGUAUAGUAUAACGAUAUUCAUCGCAAAUCUUCCUGGAAUGCAAAUCAUCCAAAUGAUAUUGUUCUAACACUCCAAUACAAUGCUCUAUUCUGGCCCGUUUUGUUUUACAUUGGGCAAUGCAUUUAUAAAUCAUAAAUACAGCAGGGCUAUAAAGCCCGAAAGCGCAUGUAAGUUGCAAGUCGAUUGCGUGUAAAAAUGUAUUAAUUAAAGCGUGUUGUAUUUCAACUUCGCAGACGCAUAUAUCAUACAAGAUACAUUGCAAUAUAUUAAUUUCUGUUUCAUAAUUUUGGAUAUUCUCAUACAUUAUAGCAGUGCACACUUUCCCUUUGGCUUUACCACCCAAAUUACGACCAUGAUCUUUGUGAAGCACGUAGCAGAGAAGUCCCAACUUAGUGCCUUCUAGUUGUUGAACAGAACAACAUUAUACAAGCUGCUCGCUUGAUAUCUUGGCUGCCCCACAAUAAUCCUCAUUCACAGACAAUUCAAGUUUAUUAAAGGCCGUUAAAUCGUCUCGUAAAAUCGGCCGCGUACAUAUAAAUACUCGACAUCGUAAAAUAAUUCUCCCAACUAUGAAAAACCUUCGUAUAUGGGAAUAUGAACGACUGCUUUGCAUGAAUUUCGCAAUUUUCAAGGACUGAUAUCCCCAGCCGCGAAUAAGUCCGAAUCAGUCCAAAAAAAUGAACCAAUAGGAAUUGUCAAUAAUUUCAAAUUGACCAAUCAAAAUGAAAGAAAUGGACUGAUAAAAACUCCCUUAAAGUGCAAAUCAGUCGGACCACCCCAUAAAAAAUCCCUUAAGUUGCAAAUCAGUCCGACCACCCCACAAUAUUUUCAAAUUGACCAAUCAAAGGAACGAAAUGGACUGAUAAAGACUCCCUUAAAGUGCAAAUCAGUCCGGCCACCCCACAGAUCAGUCGAGAUAAGUCCAAAUGACCUCUCGACCAAUCAAAUGAGCAUAACGACCACCCGAUUCUGCGAGAUUCUUGCGUUUUACCGCUGCUCUAUAUAAAGCAUAUAAUUAUUCAAAACUGAGCUCGUAAAGACGUAUACUGGACUAUGAUAUGAAUUUCAUAUUAUAUUAUAUUCGGGAAUUAAUUAUUCAAAUUUCGAAAUAAUAAAUUAAUUAUUUCUCUGAAAAAAAUGCGUCAGUCACGCGACUGAUUGGACUUACCCUAGAUCCGCCCCUGUUUCCAAAUGAGUUUUUUCUAGGCGAAAUAGUCGUAGAAAGCAUUGAAGCAUUUUCUCGCGACAUGGUAUCCCAGAGAGAGUUAAAUCAGAUAAUGGACCCCCUUUCGAUAGCGGCGAGUACCUCCAUUUCGCGAACGAGUGGGGAUUCGAAGUUCGUCACAGCAGUCCGAAGUACCCUCAGUCAAAUGGUGAAGUAGAACGAGCCGUACAAACCAUAAAGAGACUGCUCAAGAAAGAGAAAGAUAAAGAAAAAGCUUUGUUAGCUUAUCGAUCUACACCGUUAUCCUGUGGAUAUUCCCCAGCCGAGUUGCUGAUGGGAAGGAAGAUUCGUACAACGAUACCAACAUUCCAUAAAUUGUUAACACCGAAGUGGCCCGAUCUUAUUAAGCUACAAGAACACGAAGCUCAGUCCAAACUACAACAACAGAAGUACUUCAAUACCCGACAUUGUGCAAUGCCACUUAAACAAAUACCUCAAGGAACUGAAGUUCAUAUUUCCACCCACCCAGAAAAUGGUGUUGUAAAGACUAGUACGGAAAGUCCACGACAGUAUGAAGUUGAGACUCCAACUGGUGUUAUUAAACGAAACCGUGUUCAGUUGGUUCCACUGCCAGAAAAACCGAUCGCGCAAAGAGAAACUAGUGAGUCGGAUAAUAAUAUUCCUGAACUCAAUAUAUAUUCAAGGCCAAAACGAACUGUAAAAUUAUCGUUAAAAGCACGCGAGAGCAAAGGACUUGCUUAG